GAAUCCAGGAUCCCUCGCGAACCCUUCCUCCAUGAGGAGCGCGGUGCGGUUCUACACCCGGGACCGCGUUGUUCGUGUGGACCGACCGGUCAAGUUUCGUACCGGCAGUAUAGAGGGCGUAUAACCGCUAUUGAAAGAGCUGGACUUUUGGUCUUUUCCGUCCGAGCCAUCAGUCGGUAAUUCAUGUUUUCAAGAAAUUACGAAGACGUCGUCGUUGGGUCCCUUGGGCGGGGCCAUUGAACCGGUGCGGGUGGAACUGUGGAGUGUGAGUUUCUUUUCGUUGACGUGGGGGUCACGUGCUGCAACCGUCCUCCAGUCAGAAUGCAUCAGUAGAACUUCGUCUGGAUUGCACGGGAUACCUUUUGGUGUGAUGACUGUCAUGUGAGGGAAGCGAGCAAAAUGUGAAUGUGUCCGAAACUGUCGAAGAAACGAGUAAAUUCGAGAUCAUUCGAGUUGAAUGGCAGGAGAAUGAGGAUAGGGCAUCGAUUGAGAAACGUUUUUAGAGAACGUGGAGUGAUCUCUGAGGAUGUCUACUGUAUGAGGAAUGUUGUACUCUCAGAGUCGGCUUUCUGGUGUCCAAAUUCUGUGUGUGUGGCUUUUUCGGUGCAGAUUAAUAAACACUUCAAUUUGGCGUAGUGUGAAAGGAUUUGGAGGUUGUAAUGGUCUAGGCCUGUCCUUUUUGUAGCUGAUCUUCCAACUGCCAAUCUUGCUGUUUCUCUUCAAUUUUCUCGAGGUUUAUCGGUGUGAAUGAGUCCCCGCCUAGGUUUUCCGAAAGGGAAUCUACGUUUGCUUGUCGCUGGUACUCCAUUGCUUAGGACUUGAUUGAAGACUCAUGAGAGCUCGAGGUUGUACUUAAGUGAUGUCGGUGGAUGAAGUACCUGCGGAAUAAACUUGGACUACGGGAUUGUGGAUAGAUUGUUCAGAGUCGUCCUUUGAGUUUACUUGCUUACGAUGUUGUAAAAUCCUAAAACAGGUUGCGAACGUCACAAGGUUCUGUCUGGAUUGAAGACGAUCGUUCUGUCCUUGUAUUUGUGAUUCACAAUGAAAUGCGCACCUCUUGGGUUCUGCAGAAACUGCAAUACCUCAUUCUUAUUCUAAUUGCAUCAAUUUCGUCUGUACAGUAGUGAUCUUCCCCACCUGGAACGUUUUAUCAUGUCUUCUACCCAGACAUUGUUCCUUAGUCAUGCCGAUGUGUGGAAGUACAGAGAGGUUGCCUACAUGAGAAAGUCUGUCCUUGUCGGGUAUCGUCCUCUCAAGCGUUUUGUGAUCAGGUUGAAGCAUCGAUGCCGAUCGCCUGUUGUAGUUUCCGCGAUCUGAAAUUCAGUGAAACUGCAGACGUUUUGGGGCAACCUAAUACGCUGAAAUUACUGUCUACGCGCUCUGGCUGUUAGGUCGAGAUUCGAUGUGUCAAAUAAGUCUAAUAAGGUCGCAAGAAGCAUACAAUUCCAUUCCCAGGAUGAGCUUGAGCGUGACCCUUUGCUCCCAUGUUCGGGAUCUGAGGCUGUGGAUACGUCCGUCGAGUUUCUCGGUUUGACCUUGAACGCGGUUUUCCACAAGCCUUGAAUUUGCAGUCUCUAAUUCAAAGCUCUGCAUUUCGGAAGUCGCAUCUAUUUCAGAUGGCUGCGAAAAGCAGAAGUAGCUCUGACGUUCUGAAUGCUUUGAACGAGCUCUUCCAUCCGAAACAAGAUGAGGAAGAUCCCGACCACCCCAAAACGCCCCCAUACGUUUAUCAUGAUGCUGAUUACUUGAGAAACUUGUUGGAAGAAGCUCGGAUCCUUAUAAGCAAAGUCUUGCAAGAAAGCAUUGAUCUCACUGAGUCGACUAAUAAGUUUAAGGAUGAAGCGUUCGAAAUUCAAGAGAUGCAAACAAAGGACAUUCAAGAGAAGAGAGAGAGAAUUGAGGAAUUGGAAGCCUUGUGCACAAAGAAGGAUGAAGACAUGGUAAAGCAGAAGGCUGAUGCAGCUCAAGAACUUUUUGAAGCAUCUCAAAGACUCAAAAUCAUCAACCGAAGGCUUCAAGAUACUUUGGGGAAGCGAAUAGAAGAACUUCAGACCUUGCUCACUGGCGUUCAAGACUUUCGAGACCGGCAGGUGGAGGUUGAGGGAAGAAUGGCGGCAGCGGAAGAGUACGCUUCUAAGACGAAAGCUGAAAUGGAAAGAAUGCUUCCUGAUCUGGAGAGGAAUUUCUUAGAAAAGUGCAGUCAGCACGAGAAGGAAUUUGAGAGGAAGUUGGAGGAACUGAAGGAGCAGCUGACUGCAGAGGUCGAAGAACGAGUUGGAGAGCGAAUGAGAAAUAUCCUGGCCGACAAUGAACAGCUUAUUAAGGAUGUAAGAGUUCACGUGGGAGCCACAGACGAGCUCACGGAGUUGAAAGAUGAAUUCCAAGCCAAAAGCACUACUCUGGCAAUGGAAGUUGGACUUUUGAAGGCAUCAGAGGCUUUGCAUGUGAAGAGGGGCAGUGUCCAACAUCAUCUGGUCGAAAGCCACGCAUCAAAGGUAGCGAUGUUGGAGAAAAGCUUGAGGCAGAUCAUACGCCAGUAUAGCAACGAGAGAGCUCAGCUCGAAAAUAGUCAUACAGAAGUUCUGCUGGGUCUCGAAGCUGAAAAAACGGUUCUAAGGAAUUUGGUACUUGCAAAGACCAAAGAACUCAAGAGACUUCGGCAUCUUGCGCAGCAUGUGGUGAACCAGCGCUGUGACGUUGAAAACUUUCUUAUUGAAUCUUUGGAAUACAUCAGAGAGCAACUUGCUGCUGCUCGUAGUGGAAAAAGCAAAUACGCAGAUGACAGAAGGAUGAGAGACGACAGUAGCAGUGAGUCCUCGGGAUUCCUCCCGUCAAUCAAGUCCACCCCUCGCUCAAUGCCCGGUGCCCCAAGCUGCAAAAGCUCCCAAAAAACCAGCAAGGCCGAUAGAAAUUUCAACGGUAGACUUGAUAACCUCAAGUCGAAUUUCCAUCAGCAUGACGAGUUCAUUAAGCAGCUACAUGAAGUAGACGGGCCAGACCAACUCGAUCUGAGCGAAGACUUCUCCCAUGAAGUUCCUAGGAUCACCCCCAAAGUGGACAUAUCUGAUUUAUCUUGGUGUGACCGCGAAAAGGUGUUAAGAUACCUUUUCCAGAAAAUUAAUCAAGUACAUCAACCUGGUACUGUACUUGGAGACUCGGAGUCGGGAUUCAAGGGUGGUAAGUCCUGCAGGAACAUCCCUCACGGAUUUUCCACCGCCCCUUACACCAUCAGUGGAGCUGGAAAGUUAUUGUGCUAGGAAAGCACGCCAUGUACUACCGCUCAAGCUGGUUGUAGUUUAUUUGGAUCGCCAUGAACUCUGGAAGUGCCGAGGACGCAAGAGGUUCUCGAUAGUUUUGCAGAAGAAGCUUCAGCUUGGGACUUCCAACCCUGUAAUCAUUUAAGCUCGAAAUAACAAAAUUGUAGAUUGAAUGUGUGCUGCACAAGUUGAGUCCUCGUCGGUUUGCAAAGCGACUCUGUCGAUAUAUAUAUAUACGGACGUCAACAAAGAGUUCCUGAAUCCCUCUGAAAUCUGUGCGGUGCCUGGACAUGCUCACACUAUCCCGCACAAAGAUUCUGACUCCGUGUAUCGUCACCAUCCAUUCGCCGGUCCGUGUCGUAGAGGAUUGGAGAGUAUGUCAGAUCUGAGCGGCGGAUGUGCCAGGAA